AUAGCACGGGUUUCUGUCCUUCUCUGAUUCAACGCUAGGAAUCGGUUCCUCGCCAUCCUUCGAGAGAGAGGACCCCGUCUCUGUUAGUGCGUGCUUUACCCUCACCGAUGACACUUUGUUCGGACUCCGCGACAAGUUUCACUUGUUGCCACGAAUUUCCAUUUUGUCACUCCGCACAGUGACAUGCGUUUAUCAAACUUCUUUUAACUUUGUAAAAUCUCAUUUUUGCACAUAUCUUCCUCCUUUUUACUCUCUUUUUCAUUUUGUAUUUUCCCGUUACAAAUGGAGAAGUGGAUCGUUCUUCGUGUAAUAGGAAUUUCAGUAUUGAUUUCUUCACUUGGUUGGACUAUCAUUGUUCAUUUGUGAAUUGUAUGAUAAAUUGUGAAUUUAUUAAUACGCUAUUAUUAUUAAUUUUUGUUCUGUGAUUAUCGUCUCCCGUGAUUUAUAUUCUGUGAAAGACAGAAUUGGUACAGGAUUGUUUGAAGAAAUGAAUGCGGAGGAAGUAAAGGUUGGAUGCUUUCAAGUAGUCAUCGUGCUGUUACUUGGCAUCAAUUAUGUCAUCGUUGCAAUGAGCCACGCGCUCCCGGUGUUUCACAAUUAUACGCCUAAAUUUUAUUGUCAGCCAAAGAAUGGAACGAAACGAAUAUAUGGUUGCCAAGAGCUUGGCAACGUGACCGUUGCAGUUAACGAGACUUCCGGUCUUAAAGAAUCUUCGAGCACAGACUUGUGCUUCAGCAACUAUCAAUUUGCAACUGAAUUCGGAGAAAAUAGCGUAGUAACAGAAUGGAGUUUAGUUUGUGAGAAACGGUAUUUGACGUUUCUUGGACCGACAGUUUAUUACAUCGGGGUUUUAAUGGGCGCUUGUAUCGCUGGACUUUUAGCAGAUCGAAUAGGAAGACUUCCGGUUCAAGCGAUUUGCCUUUAUACUCAGGGCACGAUGGCUGUUGCACUAUAUGUUGUGCAGAAUUAUCCCACGUUUCUGGCUCUUCGAGGACUACAAGGAGUUUUCGUUCAGGGUCUGCAAAAUUCGACGUACAUCCUUUCCUUGGAACUGUUUCCUGUGAAAGCACGGACUUUCGUUGCAUUAGUUAUGCAAAUUGCCUGGGCUAUUGGUUUGAUGCUCUUAGCCGCGCUUAGUUACGUUAUACCCGAUUGGAGAAUUCUACAAUUAGCUGUCUCAGUUCCCACUGCUAUAACCGUGCUCUAUAUUUGGAUAAUACCAGAAUCACCAAGGUGGCUACUAGCAAAGGGUAAAAUCACGGAAGCAGAUAUGGCAGUGGAACGCAUCACGAAAUACAAUGUCUGUUGCACUAGAUUGCGAAGGGAAAAUGUUAAAACAGAGGCAAACAUUUCCGAGAACGCGACGCCGGUUAAACCGGAACGAAAGUCACGUGUUUCAUGCGCAGACCUAAAGAAAUCGAGAACCGAUAGCGAAAUGAAAGAAGAAGCUGCGAAUUUACUAAAUAGCAACACGGAUGCGGCUCAACAGAAAGUUCAAAAAACGAGUUUGAGAGAAAUAUCUGAAUACUUGGAAAGUAAGCUCCCUAAAACGGAAUCGGAACCGGACUCUGCACAAUGUGAGAACGGAGAAACAAAUAAGAGGAAUGCUCCAUCGAAGUCGAAGAGCCAUCGGAAGUCGAAAUCGAUAUCGCAGCCUGCUGGUAAUCAACGACUUUCCAUGAAAAAUACUUACGACAUCGUCGAGCUACGAACCCCAGUGAACAAAGAAAUGUCAAAUAAGGACGACGAGAAGAAAUUUAGCAAAAUCAAAGAAAGAUCUAGUAACGCGCAAACGAAAGAAGAAUUGUUAGAACUAUUUAAAUCCACGCUGUUAAAAAAAUAUGGCAUUGUGAUCAUUUAUCAAUGGUUCACGUCUUCUAUAGCGUGUUAUGCCUUCAUGACGCUCGAGCCGAAUCUUUGGGCAAUCAAUAGACACGUCAGUUUUGCGCUAGGAGGAGCGUUAGAAAUUGCAUCUUACGUGUUUCUCUACUUCAUAUUGUCUAGAUAUGGCAGACGACUACCGAUUUCCGCGUAUCAAUCAAUUACUGGUGCAAUUUGCAUCUUUUUUGCAGCUAUAAUUAUCUUUUCAAAUUCCACCAUUACAUCCAAUCUCAUGAAGACCAUUAUAUCCUUGCUCGGAAGAGUAGCAGUGAUGAGUACCGUUUCCAUAACAUAUUUGUAUACGAUUGAGAUAUUUCCAACUGUUGUGCGAGGAACCUGCUUAGGCUUGUGCACUGUUUUCGCAAAAAUUGGCAGUUUGUGCACGCCACACAUACUAUCAGGAGAGCAUUUUCCAAUAACCAUUCCAUUAAUAAUAAUUGGAAUGCUCUGCUUAGGAUCUGGAGCAGUUGCUUUAAUUUUACCAGAAACUUUAAGCCAAGUUUUACCUGACGCGAUAGAAGAUUCCGAAUUGUUGACUGUAAAAAGGAGAGAAAAGAAGAAUAAUGAGAAUUUCAAUAACGAAGACGCAUCUACUACUGAAGAUGCUUCAGAAAGGGAGAUACUUAGAGCAAAAUUAUUCUCUGAAGAUUGGGUGGAUGCAGGAAAUGGUAUAUUAGUGAAUUUCUCGGAGAAUAAAAAUUCUGAAUGAAAUUUUUAAAGUUUUAUAUAGAAGAAAUUAAUGCCACAUUUUUAUAUCGAUGAAUUAUAACCGACAGUUUGACGAUCAUUAUGAUUAUUGACGUUCUGUUGCGAAAUGUGAUUAUUUUGUAUUAUUUAUCGCAAAGAUUUAUUGUUAAUGAUAUCUUUUAUUGAGUUGGAUUACGUGUAAUUAAAGAUUUAAAAUAAUGAUUUAAUUUAUAAUUAGAAAAUAUUUUAUAUAUGAAUUUAAAUUGCAAGGGUGAAAAAUAAUAUAAUAUUUUUUAUAAAUUUAUAGCUGUUUUCAUAAACAUGUAUCAUUGUGUAUUAUAUUCUUCACGUAUAUUAGAAUUUUCCAAUAGUUUAUAUUGACAAAUAUUUAUUAUAUGUUAAGUUCAGUAUUUAGAAUUUUAGAAAAAUUACAAUACAAUCAGUUGUCACUGCCUAUCAUAAAGUAAAUUUAUAUAAUGCUUAGAAGUUAAGACAAUGAAUUGUGAGUGAUAUAAAUUUCUGAUCAAUUGCAGUUUAGAGGCUGAAAUAACAAAGCGUAAUAGUUUAUUAGCUCUUUUAGAUAUAUUACAAUUCGUAUAUUAAAUAAACAUAUUUGUAUAUACAAUUAUGAAACUAAUUUUGAAAAAUUUUAUGGAAGUAAUAUCAAACUUUCUCUCUCUCUCUCUUUAUUAAUUAGAUAUCAAUAUUAUAUUAAUAAUUG